UCUUCUUCAUGUGUCAUUCAUUCAUUCAAAUUAAGCAAUUUCAUAAAACAAAACCUCUAAAACAAAGCCAAAAUAAGUAAAAUAAAAAAUCCACUGAAGCCAAAUCACAUAGAUUGCGACACAACUAAGAAAAACAUUCAAUGAUGCACUACUACAGUUACACUACUAUAAUGGCUCAACCUUUGUUUUUUCUUCUGUCUUCUCAACACAAUUGCAAAACAUGGCUACUCUCUCCACCCUUCUCUUCUUCUUCUUCUUCUUCCUCUUCAAAAUCCACUCUGCCACCAUCUAAUUUCCCAUGUAACCCACCUCACCAUAGCUCCUACCCCUUCUGCAACACCUCACUUUCCAUCUCCGCAAGAGCUCACUCCCUCGUUUCUCUUCUCACCCUUCAAGAAAAGAUUGGUCAACUCACCAAUACCGCUGACUCCAUCCCCAGGCUUGGUAUCCCUCCCUACGAAUGGUGGUCCGAAUCUCUCCACGGCAUCGCCACCAACGGCCCAGGUGUCUCCUUCGGCGGUGUCGUUUCGUCUGCCACCAGCUUCCCCCAAGUCCUUCUGACGGUGGCUUCUUUUAACCGGACCCUCUGGUUCAGAAUCGCAUCGGCUAUAGGGGUCGAGGCUCGCGCGAUGUAUAAUGUUGGGCAAGCUGGGUUGACGUUUUGGGCACCCACUAUUAACAUUUUUAGGGACCCCAGAUGGGGGAGAGGCCAGGAGACCCCUGGGGAGGACCCCGUGGUCGCUUCGGCUUAUGCUGUUGAAUUUGUGAAGGGUUUUCAGGGAGGGAAAUCAACUGUUGGUGAAGAAUUUGGGGAGAAGAGAGCUUUGAAAGAUGAUGGUGGGAGUGAUGAUCUAAUGGUCUCUGCUUGUUGUAAGCAUUUGACUGCUUAUGAUUUGGAGAAGUGGGAAGGUUUCAGUAGAUAUAACUUCAAUGCCGUGAUUACGGACCAAGAUUUUGAGGACACGUAUCAGCCACCUUUCAAGAGCUGUGUUCAGCAAGGAAAAGCUAGCUGUUUAAUGUGUUCUUACAAUGAAGUUAAUGGGGUUCCUGCUUGUGCUCGUAAGGAUCUCUUGGAUAUAGCUAGGGAUGAAUGGGGCUUUAAAGGAUAUAUUACUUCUGAUUGUGAUGCUGUGGCCACAGUAUUUGAAUAUCAGCAUUACACCAAAAAUCGUGAAGAUGCAGUUGCUGAUGUUCUUAAAGCAGGAACGGAUAUAAAUUGUGGAACAUUCUUGUAUCUAAAUACCCUUUCGGCCAUCGAAAAAGGAAAGGUGCAAGAGGAAGACAUAGACAGAGCACUUCACAAUCUUUUCUCAGUUCAACUACGUCUUGGAUUGUUUAAUGGGAAUCCUUUGAAAGGGAAGUAUGGAAAGUUGGGACCUCAAGAUGUUUGUACCUCAAAGCACAAGAAGUUGGCCCUUGAAGCGGCUAGGCAGGGUAUUGUGCUUCUUAAAAAUGAUAAGAAGUUCCUACCUUUAAAGAAGGGUAUUGAUUAUUCCUUGGCUGUUAUUGGUCCAUUGGCAAACGAUUCAAGUAAAUUGGGUGGUGGCUAUACAGGAAUUCCCUGCACCUCAAAGAGCCUCUUUAGUGGAUUUCAAGAGUUCGUAAACAAGGCAUAUUAUGUAACUGGUUGCCAUAACGCAUCAUGUGACUCUGAUGCUGGCUUUGAUGAAGCAAUAAGUGCUGCAAAAGAUGCUGAUUUUGUUGUUCUCAUCCUUGGCCUCGAUUUAUCCCAGGAAACAGAAGAUCUUGACCGAGUUAGUCUUCUUUUACCCGGCAAACAGAUGGCUCUUGUUUCCCAUGUGGCUGCUGCUAGUAAAAAACCAGUGAUUCUAGUUCUCACUGGUGGUGGACCUCUUGAUGUAUCAUUUGCUGAAAAGGACCCGCAAAUUGCUAGCAUUCUCUGGAUUGGAUAUCCCGGGGAAGCUGGUGGAAGAGCACUCGCAGAAAUCAUCUUUGGAGAUGCAAAUCCAGGUGGAAGGCUUCCUAUGACUUGGUAUCCGGAGUCCUUCACUGAUGUCCCCAUGAACGAUAUGAGAAUGCGAGCAAAUUCUUCCCGUGGCUAUCCUGGAAGAACCUACAGAUUCUACACUGGAAGCCAGGUAUAUUCAUUUGGACAUGGCCUGAGCUACAGCACCUACACUUACAAAUUCUUGUCAGUUCCCAACAAAAUAAGCUUAUCAGAAUCUUUCAAAGCUGGAUCUGAUAAAAACAUACUACACCAAGGAGAAAACCAACUUGAUUACAUAAGCAUUGACGAGAUAGAGUCUUGUAAUUCGUUGAAAUUCUUUGUGGAAAUCUCUGUGAUGAAUGCAGGAGACAUGGAUGGAAGCCAUGUUGUGAUGUUAUACUCUAGAUUGCCAAAGGUUAUUGAUGGGGCUCCUGAGAAACAGCUACUGGGAUUUAACAGUGUACAUACUUUUUCAAACAGAUCUACAAGAACAAGGAUAUUAGUGGAUCCAUGUAUGCAUCUUAGUUUUGCUAAUGAGAAAGGAAAGAGAAUAAUGCCUUUGGGUGAUCAUAUAUUGCUGUUAGGAGAUUUAGAGUAUUCAAUUUUAGUUCAAACUUGAUCAAAUCUACAAAUAACAAUAUUACAGAUUACAUUUUGUCGUUAAAAUAAAUUGAACUUUUUAUCCUCA